GGAGGAGAAGCGGGACUGAGGCACCGGGCUCGCUGAGCACCGCCUGAGGUUUGCUUCGGCCGCCGCCGCCGCCGCUGCUUUGGGAUUUAAUUUUCUUUCCUCCCCAGGGAAUGGUGUGGUGCUAACAGUGGGUUCCUCCGUUUGCUUCCGCGGAUGCCUCUUGCCUCUGGAGCUGCUUCCAGGGUUUUUGUUUUUCCUUUAAAAAAAAAAGUCUCUACCGGGGAAAGGAUUCGUUUUGGGGUUUUGCCGCCCCACUCCCAAAAGUUACGGUCUUGUUCCGAAAUCCUCUCCUCCUCCUCUUCCUCGCCGCCCUCGGCUCCACGAUGAGCGCCAACAUCGUCUACGAGUGGCUGAAGACCCUGAAGCUCUCGCAGUACGCCGAGUCCUUUGUGGAUAAUGGCUAUGACGACCUGGAGGUGUGCAAGCAGAUCGGGGACCCGGACCUGGAUGCCAUCGGGGUCUCGCUGCCGCAGCACCGGCGCCGGCUCCACGACGCGGUGCAGAGGCUGAAGGAGGAGGACGAGACCACGGCGGGGCUCUACUUCACUUUGGAGCCGCAGCCGCCCAGCUCGCCCUCGCCGGAGAUCUACACCAGCCACCUGGUGGAGCAGUACGAGGCCAAGACCUGGAAGGAGCCGCCCCUUAAGCAUCACCCCCUUCCUCCUCCUCCUCCUCUCCCCACUCCUCGGAGGAACCAGGGCCCCCCCAGGAAAGUGGGGCUCUGCGGCAAGGAGCUGGUUACGUACCCCAGACUCAGACUGAAAAUCAUGAUCAGGGAUAAACUCGUCCGGGACGGCAUCGACCUCAGUAAGCCCCCCUACUCCAACAAGGAUGGGUCAUUGGGCAACAUUGAUGAUCUGGCCCAGCAGUAUGCAGACUACUAUAAUACCUGCUUUACUGAUGUGUGUGAGAGAAUGGAAGAGCUUCGCAAGCGGAGAGUGUCACAAGACCUUGAUAUGGAGAAACCCGAUGCCAGCUCCACAUCCCUACAGCUGCGAUCCCAGAUUGAAGAAUCCCUUGGCUUCAGCAGUGUAGUAUCAACACCAGAAACAGAAAGAAAGUUCUCCCUUCAUAAAUCAAGUUCUGAAGAAAGUGCUGUAGGUAAAGCAGACUGGAAGAAGAAGAAUAAGUAUUUCUGGCAAAACUUCAGAAAGAAUCAGAAAGGACUAAUGAGGCAGUCUUCAAAAGGAGAGGAUGUUGGCUAUGUGGCAAGUGAAAUUACAAUGAGUGAUGAAGAGCGGAUCCAGCUAAUGAUGAUGGUGAAGGAGAAAAUGAUCACUAUUGAGGAAGCUCUUGCAAGGCUUAAGGAAUAUGAGGCUCAACAUCGACAGUCAGGAAGCAUGGACUCUUCUGAAUGGCCUGAUAGUCCUUAUCCAACUUUUGAUGGUUCUUCCAAUUGUAAUUCAAGAGAACAAUCAGAUGAUGAAUCAGAAGAAUCUGUGAAGUUUAAGAGAUUGCACAAGCUGGUCAACUCCACUCGCAGAGUGAGGAAGAAAUUAAUCAGAGUGGAAGAAAUUAAGAAACCCGGCACUGAAGGUGUGGAUGAACAUUCCAUUGACAACUCUCCAGUACCAGACGACAGAUCAGCGCUUUACUCUGGAGUCCAUAAGAAGCAACUCUACUUGGAUAACUCUUCCGAGAAACAACAGGAUGAUAACUGUGACUCACUGACCACAUCUCCUUCAUCCAGCAGCCUAGAUACUUGGGGUACUAACAGGAAAUUGCUCAAGACCUUCAGUAAAUCUGAUAGCCGUGGCCUUAUUAAACCUCCAAAGAAGCUUGGGACAUUUUUCUCCUACCCAGAAGAGGAGAAAACUCCCAAGGUUUGUCGCUCCUUGACAGAUGGAGAAAUGAAAAAGAGCCUCGGUUCUCUGAGCCACGGGGUAAGUAAAGAAAGGGUUUGCUUUUAUGACAACAGGCGCAAGCACCAUGUCUUGGUAUCCUUGGAGGAAAUCCAAAGUGUCAGGAAGCAGAUCCGACUAAAAAAGACAGAUUCUAACUACUCGUGUUCUAGAGCUUUUCUCUGUCAGCGUCCUGCUAGGAAAGGUGUAUCUCCUUCCAUCUGUGACCUACAGCUUCUUCGUCACAAAUCCAAGGGGGGAGGAGGAGGAGGAGGAGGAGGAGGAAGCUGCAGUUUCCCAAACAGAAGGCUUCGAGGGCGCAGCUCGGUCAGUGAGUUCAAUAUCACUUAUGUGGUGGAGAGAAGCCUCUACAGCCACCUCAACCUGUCACAUCUGGUGCGGCCCAUGACUGACAGGAGCCUGAGCAAAACUGAGGAGCAGGAUUUGAGGCGAUGCCUACUGGAGGAGGAGGAGGAGGCGAAGAGGAAGUGGGCUGCCACGGUGGACCGCUGUACUAAAAGGGUUCUCUUGAGAAUCCACCAAAAGUCUAGAACCUGCAGCUUUGGUGGCUUUGACUUGACAAAUCGUUCAUUGCACAUUGGAAACAAUUUGGAUCAGAUGGGCAAAGAUGGUGAUUUUGUUUACAAAGAAGUGAUCAAAUCUCCUUCAACAUCUCGCAUAUCCCUUGGUAAAAAGGUGAAAUCUGUAAAAGAAACCAUGAGGAAAAGGAUGUCUAAAAAAUACAGCAGCUCCGUGUCAGAGCAGGAUUCCAGCUUGGAUGUAAUGCCAGAAUCCCCUCAGUCACCACAACCAGAUACUGAUUCACUAGAUAAACCCAAGCUGAAGGCUGGUGGUUCAGUAGAAAGUUUGAGGAGCUCCCUAAGUGGACAGAGCUCAAUGAGUGGACAGACAGUGAGCACUACAGACUCUUCAGCCAGUAACAGAGAGAGUGUCAAGUCUGAAGAUGGUGAUGAUGAAGAACUCCCAUACAGGGGACCUUUUUGUGGUCGGGCUCGGGUCCAUACUGAUUUUACCCCCAGCCCUUAUGAUACCGAUUCCCUGAAACUCAAGAAAGGUGAUAUUAUUGAUAUAAUUAGCAAGCCACCCAUGGGCACCUGGAUGGGCCUUCUGAACAACAAAGUGGGCACUUUCAAGUUCAUCUAUGUUGACGUGUUGAAUGAAGAGGAAGAGAAGCCAAAAAGGCCUACAAGGAGGCGACGAAAAGGAAGACCCCCUCAACCCAAAUCUGUUGAAGAUCUCCUUGAUCGUAUCAACUUAAAGGAGCACAUGCCCACAUUUCUGUUCAAUGGUUAUGAAGACUUAGAUACCUUCAAACUUCUAGAAGAAGAAGAUUUGGAUGAGCUCAACAUUCGGGAUCCACAGCACAGAGCUGUUCUCUUGACAGCAGUGGAACUGCUACAGGAAUAUGACAGUAACAGUGACCAGUCAGGUUCUCAGGAAAAGCUCCUUGUAGAUGGCCAAAGCCUAAGUGGAUGCUCUCCUCGGGAUUCGGGUUGCUAUGAAAGCAGUGAAAACCUAGAAAAUGCUAAGGCUCGAAAGUCUUGUGUCCUGCCUCCAGAAUUAACCAGUGAAUAUAGUUUUAAGAACUUCCACAAAAACCUCCUAGCAAAUUAUCCAAAUCUGCCCUUAACUAAAUCAGCAGAUCCACUUCAACAAGGAGAGAAAGCACAGUUCAGUUGUAUACAUCAGGUUCCAAAAAAUUGUCUUGAGACACCAGCAAGUACAGGCCUCAGGAAGAACCGCAGAAGUCUACCUGUCGGUAUCUGUCGGAGCUGUGAGAUUUUGGAUGGAACCCCCAGCAUGCCUGUCUGGCCAAGAUCUCACUCCCUAGGUGACCUUCAUGGAGAAACUGGCACUAAUUGUGGGAAGUCAGUAGGUGCUUUACCUCAGGAUGCACUGGAUUUAACACAAAAUUCAACUAGCUGUGGAGAUGGUGCACAGAUAGCAGAAUUGUCGAUGACCAAGGAGAGCAAAGAGGGUAUUGGUGCUCUUACUGGAAAAGGAAAGGCGUUGCAUUUACCUGCAACCAUCCCUUCAGGUGGAAGAUUUCCUCUGUUUCUGCCUCAGAAUUGUGAUGUUCGGUCAUCAACACUUUCACAUGGGGUAGGUUGGACCCCUUUUGAUCUCGGAAAGGCUGAUCACUUUCCAGUCCCCGAGAACGGCGUAGAAUCUGAUCAGAAAUGUACAAAUGAAGCAAGAACUCAGCUAAAACCCUCCUCACAACCACCACCAGUUCCAGCCAAAAAAAGCAGAGAGCGGCUUUCUAACGGACACUGUCUUUCUUCAGCCUUUUCUUGUCCAGAUGUGCCAUCUUUGCCAGCAAAAAAGACUACCCAGUUUGGUUCCUCUGACUCUCACAUAUUGACUGUGUGCAAGGGUGCUCCUGAACAGGAACCCAAGAGCCCUUCCAGCAUACGCCCUCCUUGGUUGUCCGAUCUACCAGAGACUGCUAGUGUUCAGCAACAUGUGUUAAAACUAGGUCCUUCUGUAAGAAAAGUCUUCUGUAACAGAGGGCUGGAUCUGGAAACAUUGAUAGAAAACAAGCUGCUGUCAGAAGAUAUCGAUCUUACUGAAGACCCGUAUUCUGACAAGCAUGGCCGCUGUGGCAUUCCUGAACUUUUAGUGCAAAGAUACUCAGAAGACUUAGACCAGCCUGAAAAGGAUGUUGCUACAAAUUUGGACCAAAUACGAGUGAAGCAGCUGAGGAAGCAGCACCGCAUGGCAAUUCCAAGCGGAGGCCUCACUGAAAUCUGCCGAAAACCUGUGUCCCCUGGACACAUCACUUCCAUAACCGACUGGUUGGUUUCUAUUGGCCUCCCAAUGUACUCAAGUUCCCUCAUGACCGCCGGAGUCAACGACCUAAGCAAAGUGCCUGCUCUGUCACAAACUUUGCUCCAUGAGGCUGGCAUCACAGAGGAGAGGCACAUAAGCAAGCUUUUGGCAGCAGCAAGACUUCUCAAAAUCCUCGAUCCAGAGCCAGUUUAACAUGCUCUGAAAUGUAACACCGGCUGGUUGGAGGACCUCCCAUGUCUCACUCCAUCUUUAGUAUCUCCAGGGAACUUUGGAAUGAAGCCAAGCAGGCCCUUCGGAAGGAUUUAAGGGUUUAAGUGGGUUUUGCCUAUGAUUCAUACAGGAGAAUAGAAGCCGCUUUUAGUGAUCAGAGAGAAGUGUCACUACCUGGGUUGCCCCCUCCAAAAAAAAAAAGGCACAAGAAGUUAUUUUAGUUGCUUAGAAACCCCAAAGCUGCCUGGGGGGGGGGUCAUAAAAUUGUCUUAUGUGCAUUACACAUACAAAAGGGAUCCUUCAGUCUGCUAGAAUAUUGUUUAGUUUCUUUGUUUUUUUGUAAACUACACUAACUUUAAGCUCCAGGAAUUAGAUGUCAGAAGCACACAUAGCUCAGUUAGGCCUACAGGAGCUUUUGAUCUAUUUCAUGGUCAAAAGUACAGCUCACCGAUUCAAUGUGGCUCUACAGUUCUGAAAAUGCAGACACCAAGAGAGAAAGAAUUCUCCCCCCCCCACCCUUGCUUGCCCUCUAAUUCUAGGAAUCCCAUCCUAUUUAAAAGAAAACAGAACCCCUCAGUGCUUCCUUUCUGUAGCCUUUUUAGUGUCAUUUUCUUCAGGCUGCUGAGUCUGUGCCAGGGAGAGACCUUGUGGGUCUUGAGGUGGUGUUCAGCUCAAGCUCCCAACAUGCCAGCAUGUCUAAUGCUCACAGGUCAUGGGAGCUGGAGCCCAACCACAUCUGGAGGGCUUCGAGGUUCAGUAUUAUGGACUGGAUUUCAUUUAAAGUUAAUUGUCCUUGCAGUUCAUCAGACAGCUUCAGAAAAAUCCCUUCUUUCUGCGAUAUUGAAACAGCACUUUUAGUACUCGGUUUUUCCUUUGCCUUAAAAUGGUUUUGAGCAGUUCACUUUAUCAGCAUAUUCAUUUCCCAGGCCUUUCAAGUGUUACCACUAUGGUUUGAUAACAAACAGGUUUUUGUCUAAAGCAAUUUCUGUAGAUUAUUUAAUUGUAACAUGUUUUAUAACAUUGUGUGUUUUUUUUACUUUUUGUUUUUUGAAAUUACCAAUUUUAGUUCUCAGGCUAACAGUUUGUGUUUGCUGGUAAUACUAAAAGUCUGAAAGAUACUUUGCAUUGCUUAUGUGCAUGCAUAUAUAUAUAUAUAUGUAUGUAUAUAUAUGUAUGUAUAAUUAUAAAAAUUAUAAAAAUGCUUUCCAUGUUAAUCACAAUUUUGUAUAUUGUGUUAUAUUAUCAAUAGCUCUGAGGCAGCUUUGACUUGGUAACCUGACCAUAUCAAUCCGAUAUACUGCUUUCUUGAAAAGGGAAAAGAAAGGAAGAUUUAUCAAUGAGAGAUAAAUAAACUGAAUAACAAAACUGUCUCAUAUACCAUAACAGAAUUUAAUUCCAUUGUAAAGAUUGUGGGACAUGCUGUCAUCCUUGCUAAAAUAAAUCACCUCCAUUAGUGGUUGCUUAAACAACUUUUUAAGAAGACAAGUUAUUUGGGCUGUUAGAGCAAUCUGUUCCUUCACAGUGCCAUGUUCUCAUUUUCUAAAAUUAUUAAAAUACAGUGCAUUACAA